AUGAGAAUUUACAACAAAGUCCUUCUCUUCUACAUUUUAAUUUUACAAGUACACAGCAAAAAAUAUGGAUUUAUCAAGAACAGUAUGCAAAGAGCUGGAAAAGACACUUUCAGAAAUGUAAAGCUGUACAACACCUACAGUGCAAAUGAAUUGAAAACACAUUGUGAAACAUCGAGAGUUGUGUGCACGGGAAUUGGCAUUGUAAACGGAGUAGGAAUUGGAGUAGAAAAAUUUUGGGAGAAUCUAAUAUCUGGAUAUAACUCUAUUGACAAAAUUAGCAAAUUUGACGUAACAGGUAUGUCCUGUGGAAUAGGUAGCGAAAUCGAUAAGAAAGACUUCAAUCCCUGUGAUUAUUAUACAAACAAAAAAGAUGUAAAUCGAAAUGAUGAUUGCACUCAUUAUGCUGUAUCCGCAGCAAGACUAGCCAUAGAUGAUGCAAAAAUUGAUUUACAGAAAAUUGAUUGCAAUAAAGUAGGGACUAUUAUAGGAAGCGGUAUUGGUGGGUUAUCUUUUUUAGAAAAAGAAAUGAAAACAUUGUAUGAAAAAGGACAUAAAAGAAUAAGUCCUUAUUUAAUACCUGGUAUGAUAGCAAAUACACCAGCAGGUUUUGUAUCGAUGGAACAUAAUUUAAGAGGAAUUUCACUUGGCAUGCUAAGUGCUUGUGCAACAUCUGGAAACACCAUUGGUGAAGCAUAUCGUUAUAUAAAGUAUAAAGAAUAUGAUGUCAUGGUUUGUGGUGGAACGGAGGCAAGUAUUACACCUAUAAGUUUUGCAGGGUUUAAUGCAUUAAGGGCUUUAUGCAGUGGAUAUAAUGAUACUCCCAAAAAAGGAUGUAGGCCUUUUGACUUAAAAAGGAGUGGUUUUGUUAUGGGAGAGGGUUCAGGUAUUCUAAUUUUAGAAUCGUAUGAGCAUGCUGUUAGAAGGAAUGCCAAAAUAUAUGGAGAGAUUUUAGCAUAUGCUUCUGAAAGUGAUGCAUUUCAUAUGACAGCACCAGAGCCAAGUGGACGGGGUUUGAGUAAUUCUAUCCUUAAGGCAAUCAGAAAUGCAAAUAUAAAUAUAUCCGAUGUUAAGUAUGUGAAUGCACAUGGGACAUCAACUAACUUAAAUGACAAAAUUGAAACAAAAGUAUUAAAAAAUGUUUUUAAAGAUCAUGCCUAUAAAUUACAUAUAUCUUCUACCAAAAGUAUGACUGGUCAUUGUAUAGGAGCUGCGGGUGCAAUUGAAUCAAUCGUAUGCUUAAAAGCAAUGCAAACAAAUGUUAUACCACCAACUAUUAAUUAUGAACAUAAAGAUAUUGAAUGCGAUUUAAAUUAUACACCCAACAAAUGUUUGCACGCCAAAGAAAAUAUAGACAUUGCAUUAAAUACAAAUUUGGGUUUCGGUGGACACAACACAGCAUUAUUAUUCAGAAAAAUUACACAAUGA